UAACACUCAGUCCUCGACCACUGCAGUUGCUGCAGUGCGUUCUCGUAGCCUUGGCCUGGAGCUCGAUUCUGAUCCAGCUCUGCUCAAUUUCUUCCCGUUCGGAUUUGCUCAACAUUACAUUUUUACAAAAACAGAUUUUUAAUCCCAUCAAUCUCCCUUGAAUAUUUUGGUUUAUUAAGUGUCCGUGUCCUUCUUGGCGUGCAUACGUGAUAAUUGUUUUAAAUUUCUUAAGCUAAAAUGCCUCCGCCACCCCCAGAAAGUCCACCGCAACCAAGAAAUGAAGCGGAAUCCUUACAGCUGAAGGCUAGUCAAGUAACGGAUGAGUCCUUGUCGAGUACCAGGAGGAUGAAAUUGUUGUGUGAGGAGGCCAAAGAGGCCGGGAUUAAGACCCUCGUCGCACUGGAUGAUCAAGGCGAGCAGCUCGACAACAUCGAGAAGGGGAUGCACGAUAUCAACGAGGACAUGGUGGAAGCUGAAAAAGCCAUGCAAGGAAUGGGUGGCUGCUGUUUUGGCCUGUGUCCUCCGCUUUCUGUUAUAUGUGCUGGGAAAUCAAAGGACGACGCCAUGUUCAAGGUUAACGAUGACGGCGUAGGAGGAAGUGGGGGUCCAGGCCCGGGAAGAGGACUGGACGGGGCAGGAAUUCCAACAUAUGGAGGAUUCAUUUCCAAGUACUCCAAUGAUGCCAGGGAGGACGAGAUGGAGCAAAACAUGGACGAAGUUUCUAUCAUGGUGGGAAAUUUGAGAAAUAUGGCAAUCGACAUGGGAGGAGAGAUUGGAAAUCAAAAUAAUCAAAUUGACAGGAUCAACAUGAUGGCCGAGUCGAACGUGACGAGGAUAAACGUUGCCAAUGAAAAGGCUAACCUGCUUCUCAAAAAAUAAGAAAAACUCCAACUGAACUUGGAGUUCUGAAUAUCCACAUUAAAUAUUCGGCUUACAUAGACAUUUCUACACUGUACAUCAAUUUGUGCAAAAUUUACGCAAUAUUGUGAAAACAUGAAAUGCCUCAACCCUUUCUCAGGCUUACGCCAGACUCAAAAUAAUUUGGUAACGAAUAAAUACCACGAGGAGUCAGAAUGUGAUACCAAGUAGCAGCAAUAAUUUCAACGAAAUUAAAAUUUGGUUCUCAAGUCCCAAAUUUUUACAAAUUUGAAUUUAUUGAUACCGUUCAAUGAUAAAAAGCAAUGCUGAGUUACCAUGGUAACUCGGCACGGUGUUGAUUCGUUAUUAAAUUAGUGUGAGUACACAUUUAUAAAGCAAUAAUUUAAUAUUGUGGGAAAAUUUGCACAAGUUAAUUCACAGUGUAAUUCAUGUUAGGUGUUAAAGACAUUUUAUUGGAUAAAACUUAUGCCUUUCGCAGUUACUCAAUUAUGUAUGUAUGUAUGUAUUUAUGUGUUACACUGUACCUGUUAUGAGGUUAGGUUAGGAACGUUCUCUUGAGUAUAGAACAAAAAGUAAUAAACUCAGCCUUACUUUUGGCUUAGAAAUAGGAUAAAGAAUUAAAUAAGGAGUUAAAUAAAUAUUGUUGCUCUAAUUCUAAAAAGGCAUAAGUGCAGUCAGUACUUAAUUCUAAAAAGACCGAAGUGCAGUCAAUGUUUAAUUUUCUUAACAACAGAGGUGCAUUGUUUAAUUUUAAAAAGACAGGUGCAUUGCUUAAUUUUAAAAAGACCUAACUGCACAAUAAAAACUAGAAAAAGGCCUAACUGCAAUUCCAAAAUUAUGAAGAGUCAAUUACUUAUUCAAAAGUUUACGGUGAACUGAAAUGUGUAUGAACUUGUUGGUCCCACGAUUCUAGUACUAAAAGAAAAUUUGAAAUUUAACAGCAACACCUUAGGGGGGUGUGGUUAUCGGCGAAUUAAUUAAGGAAAUUGAAAUUCGGAAGUGCACUAUAACAUUUUUUCCAGGCAAUUUCGGCAGAUUAUUCGGAACGUAAAAACUACACCCUCAGGGGUUGUGGUCCUGGUCGCCUAGUUUUAACUAAAUAGAACCCUGACAUGUUAUAUGUAAUUUUUCUCUGCCUGACAAAGCCAUUUCGAUAGAUUAAUAGAAAUUUAAAAUUAAAUAUUGCCUGCACUUGGGUCUUUUUAAAAUUAAGUACUCACUACACUUAAGUCUUUCUAGAAUUAAUGCGACGAUAUGUUAUUUGACGAAAAUUUAGUUAAUUUCUCAAAACACAUGGAAGUAAUUAAUUAAUUAGCCUAGAAUUAUCAAGCAUAUCCAUAAUUAAAAAAUAUAUUGCGCGUA